AUGUUAAUUUCAACUACUCUUAUAUCGCUCGUCUUACUUACUGCUCGUAUUGCGGUAUGCGCUCCUCUUGAAGGCCGUGUCUUAGAAUCAAGUGAUACCAUCGCUUCCGGCACGGGGGUCGAGCAGCGAGUCAUUCAAGAGAACAAACAAGCCACUGGUGUUGUAGAAGAUUGUGGGAAGCCUCCUCCUCCUGGUGGAGGUUGUGCAUGUUGUCAUCAAGGACCAAGUAAAGCUAAAGUUGAAGAUCUCAAGAUGAUAGAAUCUUUAACUGAUACUCCGAUUACUGCUCCACAUGGGUCUAAAGAAAUAAAAAAUCAUCAAGAAGAAGAAGAAGCAAAUAUUCAACUUCAAGAAAUUCGAUCUGAAUCUCUUUCGGAUCAUGAGAUUCAUUCUACCAAACCAGUACCUAAUGUAGUAAUCAAGACUCCAAUAGAUCAUGAAAGCUCAGUUCAAGAUACUAAUCCUCCUCAAUUAGAGGCUCAACCUUUCACGGAAUAUACGGAAGAACAUGGUCACCAUUGUCACGGCGAAAAUUGUAACAAAAACGCUCGAUCUAAUCUUCCCCCUACUACUACUACUACGACUGAAGCGGCUCCGAUAACUCCAGGAAUUGAAGCUCCUCAUACGGAUCAUAGCCAUGACCAUAGUCACGAUCAUAGCCAUGAUCAUAGUCACGAUAAAGGUGUACAACCUAUCCUUAAUUCUCAAGUUCAAAAAGAUCCAGUGACCGUUUCUGAUGACUCAGAAAGUGAUAUUGUACCUCAGGCUCAAGUCAAAGGCGCUGGACAAUGCACGGGCGGCGGUUGCGGUCAUCAUCAUGGUCCCACAAACAACGAUAACUCCGAAACCUUGAGCAGUGCGAACGAUAAUCAUGAUGGCCAUAGCCACGAUGGCCAUGACCACAAUCACGAUCACGAGCACGAGCACGAUGAUUCUUCAACUUUACAACCUAUUCGUUCAGAAAUAUCAACUUUACCACCAAAAGACAAACACGAUCAUGAUGAUGAUCAUCAUGGACAUCAUCAUGGCGAACCAUCAAAAUAUUGGACUUUAGGAAAUUCAAUUGAAAAGAACUGGAAUCGAUUUGUAAACUUUUUCAAAAACCUUUGGAAAUCUAUUAAAAAGAACACAAGUAAAUCGAUUGAAAAAGUUUCACAGUUUAGAAGAAAAACUGCUAAGAGAUUUGGUAUGAUAAAACUAGAUGUUAAUGAUUUCGAACGUAAUUUGUUUUUAAAAAAAUACUCCUUUUUUGUAGGACCAAGUGGACCUAUUCAUAAUGAAGGUGUCACCAAAGUAGAAAAAGAUGAGUAA